UCCUGAGUUGCCCAAAAUCUGCAUUUUCUUCACCUGUAGCAAAAUGACGGAGCUUGAGAAAAUGGCAUCAUCAACUUCGGGGUCGUCAAAGAGAGCCAGAGGAGCUAACAAUGGCGGGGCUCAGCCAGUUUUUUGCCUCGUCGAUGGCUGCAAUUCAGAUCUAAGCAGCUGUAGAGAUUACCACAGGCGCCAUAAGGUCUGCGAGCUCCAUUCGAAGACCCCUCAGGUCACAAUUGGGGGUCUUAAACAGAGGUUCUGCCAGCAGUGUAGCAGGUUUCAUUCACUUGAGGAAUUCGACGAAGGAAAGAGAAGUUGCCGCAAACGACUCGAUGGGCACAACCGGCGCCGGAGAAAGCCUCAGACUGAUCUCUUGCCUCGAUCUGGCGGCCCUUUCUCCUACCAUCAAGGUUCUCACAUGCUGCCAUUUUCGAGCUCGCAAGUAUUCCCAUCGACCACCGUGGGCAGCCACGGAUGGUCGUCGGCCGUCGGAGCAGAUCCCGCCGCCCUUCACAGCCGGAACCAACAACUAAAUUUCCUCGAAAAACAGAGCCUUUUUGUGGAACAUUCCGACCACGGCAGCAGCAACUACAAGGUAUCACAAGAAUGA